ACUAUAUUAUUAUCAUGGAUAAUGUAGGUAUAGUGUAUACCUACAUUAUAGUAUUGUUAUUGUGAUUUUUCCGCUGUUGACUUUGCGUAUGUGGAUGAUUCGCAUUCGUUUGUCUUAGGAUGUCACGUAAUUCGCCGACAAAUAAGUGUUUCGAGUGUUCUCGCGACUUGCACUCGUUCAGCGUCAAAUGACAUCGAUAUUAGCAGCUGCCGUUUCAAGAAUACUUACUGCGGUGCCGACACCAAAAUAUACAUAGUAACUUACACCUCGACUAUGGCGUAUCACACACUACGGCAGGAAUACCUGCAAAUGCCGCCCGUUACAAGAGCUUACACCACGGCUUGCGUGCUCACCACUUUGGCGGUCCAAUUGGAAAUUGUCUCGCCGUUUCAGUUGUACUUCAAUCCGCUGUUAAUACUUAAACAGUUUCAGUUAUGGAGAUUGGUUACGACAUUUUUGUUUUUCGGAAACAUUGGCUUCAACUUCCUAUUCAAUAUGAUCUUCACAUAUCGCUACUGUCGAAUGUUAGAAGAAGGAUCAUUUCGUUCUAGGACUGCCGAUUUUGUCAUGAUGUUUUUCUUUGGUGCUAGUCUUAUGAUUAUUUGGGCCUUUUUCAUAAAUUUAUUAUUUCUGGGACAAGCAUUUACAAUCAUGUUGGUAUAUAUAUGGUCUCGAAGAAAUCCUUAUAUCAGGAUGAAUUUCUUUGGUGUACUCAACUUUCAGGCUCCAUAUUUACCGUGGGUAUUACUGGGAUUUUCAGUCUUGUUGGGAAAUACACCUUGGGUUGACUUAAUGGGCAUUGUCGUUGGUCACUGUUAUUAUUAUUUAGAAGACGUUCUUCCACAACACCGGUCAAACGUGAAAGUCAUUAAAACACCACAGUUUUUGAAACAUCUUCUUGAUCCAGCACCGGAGGACGAUCACGUACCACCCCCUGAAUUUCGUCCAGGUGGUUUCAAUUGGGGUAAUGGUCAAGCCGAUGAUCAGCCAGUGGAUCGUAAUGAUUAAUUUUAAGUAUGUUAAAUUGAGCGUUUUAUUUUACUGUUAAUCUAAAUACAUGUACAUAUUAUAAAAAUAAACCAAUUUUGUGGAUUUAAUUUAAAUGGAUCAAUAAUAAAAUAAUAAAUAUUGGUCAUUAAGUAUGCAUUUA